AUGCCGCCUGGGCCUUGGAGCAUUCCCGCAUAUGAAGACAUCAAUAUAUCUCACUACGAGAAGGCGGGUAACGCGGCCAUGCUGGGAUUGACACAACUUAUCUGGCCCUUCCAAAGUGGUUUCCUGUCCGACGCGGAACUCACAUCCGAGCUGGAACUCGGACUCGAAUCCCUCCAGCCAGAUAUCGCACGUCCCCCCGGAUCUGUAAACCAACGUCGGGGAACCCUCUCUCGGUGCCCGAAGAGGAACACUGGCAGAACUCAUCAAGGCUGGACGUACUUCCAGCCUGUGCUCACAGCACGAGAAGUCUUGACUAUCCUCGAAGCCCGCGCGCCCAGCAUUCCGCGAGGCGGAACAGACGGAUUUAGGCAGCGCAGCUUGUGCUGCCGGAUCUGCGUCUAUCCUCGGCUAUGCUUGCGAUGGCUCCCCGACUUGCACGGCGUACAUGGCCCAUGGGAUUGCGUCAGAGGCAAGUCGUCUCGGCGAAGACGACCAGGCGAAGAUCCGUCCGAGCGGACAGAAGCAAGAGGUUCUCUAGGACAAUGCAGGGCUGAGAUUGAGAUUAGCGAGCCUGCUGGGAUUGGCGCGAAGAUUCGAGGGGGCGGCGGGAUCUGUGGCUGUCUCGGGGUGAGACUUACGAAAACUAUGAAGGCUGGCGGGAGCAAGUAUGACGACGAGCCUUCGAAGUUACAUUGCGAGACCCAUCUGUCCGUUCGGACGGCGCGCUCUCAGCCACCGUCGUCAUAUGUCAAAAGCCUCUUGUUACCGCCGGCUGCCCACGGAGAGCUUACCGAAGACUUGGAUAGCACUGAUACUGCAGCUCCAUCUCCCCCUUCGUCGCCGCCUGUCGAGCAGGACGGCGGACAUCCUGAUUUCUUCCUCAGCAAUGACGGUGGUCUAGACUCGCAUCCCAGAGAACAGCACAACUGGGCGACGAACGAGCAGCCAGAGAGUACCCAUGUCUAUCGAUCGACAGGCGACCACGGCGGAGACGGCAUUUGCGGAAGCCAUCGAACUAUGGCCAUUACACCGCACAGGGUCGCAGCGUCUGGACCUUCGGGGGAAAUCCGAAAAAGACUCAGUGGUAUAAACGAGAACACGAAGUGGUCGUGGCUUGACGAGAAGAUCCAACAGCACCUUACCAGCAAUGCAGACCACAACGAAAAGACGGCGUAG